AUGCCCUCCAAGUCCAAGGGCACAGUCAAAGCAUCCCCCGAUCCCAAAGAACACCAGCAACAACCACCCCAGGCUCAACAAACACCGCCGUCCACCGUCGCCGACCGCACGCGGGAACGCUUCCACGCCACUAAUCCCCUCGCCUCCCGCGUCCAGACCUCGGGCCUGUCCUCGCUGACCGCCGCCGAGAAGAAGACCUUUGUCUACAGCCAGCUGCUCCAGCCCGUCGCCCAGCAGCGGGUCCCGCUCAGCAACAAGACAGAACGCGAGUUCUGGAAGGCCAUCGCCAAAGAGGGCCUGCCGAUCCGACGCCUGCGCCCGAGCGGCGACUACAUCUGGGGACCGGACAAGGCCGGCCGCGACGUCGGCUCCUACUCGCUCGCGGAGCACGAGACGCGGAGCGCCAAGCAGGCGAGGCUAACCGCCCUACGGCUGCUGUCGCAGCAAUAUCGAACGAAACGCGACCUGGCAAGGCACAGCGGCGCCAAGGGCGACGACGUUACCGCAGAAGAAACGGAGACGGAAAAGACAAGACGGAAAGAAAUGGCGGCGCUGAAUAGGGAAUUGUACGGCGACAUCACAGGUGCGCUGGCCAGCGACCCGGAAUGGGACGACGUCGUGCCCAUCGUGCACAAUGAGCCCGAGGACGCCAUAGCUCGAAUCGCAUACCCCGACGACUACGCAGAGGCCGUCGCGUACCUCCGCGCCGUCAUGGCGGACAAGGAGUACUCUCCGCGCACGCUGCGCCUGACCGCGCUCGUCAUCGCCCUCAACCCCGCGCACUACACCGUCUGGCUCUUCCGCUUCGAGAUCGUCAAGGCCCUCGCCAUACCCGUCCCGGACGAGAUCGCCUGGCUCAACGAGGUCGCCCUCGAGAACCUCAAAAACUACCAAAUCUGGCACCACCGCCAGCUCCUCCUCGAACACCACCUGCCCCAAAUCUCCGCCGACGACGCCGCCGUCGCCGCGCUCGGCCGCUCCGAGGCCGCCUUCCUCGCCACCAUGCUCGCCGAGGACGCCAAGAACUACCACGUCUGGUCGUACCGGCAGCACAUGGUGCGCCGCCUCCGCCGCUGGGACGCCGAGGAGGAGCUCGCCGCCGCCGAGGCCCUCGUCGACGACGACCCGCGCAACAACUCGGCCUGGUCGCACCGCUUCUUCCUCGUCUUCCAGGACCCGGCCGCGUCCACGCCGGGCUGCGGGCCCGCGGAGCGCGACCCGGCCGUGCCCGCCGAGGUGGUGGCGCGCGAGGUCGCGUACGCGCGCGGCAAGAUCGCGCUCGCGCCGCAGAACCAGUCCGCGUGGAACUACCUGCGCGCAGCGCUGGCCAAGGGGGGGCGGGAGCUGGGGAGCGAGCGGGAGCUGGCGGAGGGGCUGGUGGACGGGCUGGGCACGGAAGCGGAGAGCGUACGCAGCUCGCACGCGCUCGACUACCUGGCGGACGUGUACGCGCAGGCCGGCGACGCCGACAAGGCGAGGCUGUGCCUGCAGCGGCUGUCGGAGAAGUGGGAUCCGAUCCGGGAGGGAUACUGGAAGUACAGAGUGCAGCAGCUAGUCUAG